AUUUGCCAAUCGAACCAGCACCGUGUCUUGCGGGCCAAGCUCCACUGUCCAUCUUGUACUGCUCACGUUUCCUUUUCUUUUGUGGUUUCGUCGAAAGAAUCUGCAUGGUGAAGGGGGUACCAUGAGUCGUUGAAGUUCACGUACUAAGAUUACUUCUUUUCAAGGCCGAAACAACAACUCCCAUCAAAGCUGGCGAGAAAUUAAGCACAGGAACUAGCCAUGCUUACGACCAACAAGAAAAAUUUGCGGGCUAGGGCUAGGACCACCGUCAAAGGGCUCACUAUCGAUCCUCGAUUUGCUCAAGACUUCUUCAAGCCUAGCACGGCGACUGUCAUUCUUGAGGAUAGCCCUCAAAAUGACCAACCCCUGCUGGGUGGUCGCAAUGAUAAGCAUGAUUCUCAGAGGAAGGUUGGCCUGAAGGGCCUUACUGUUGAUACAAAACUAGCUCGGGAGACUUGUAAUGCUGAGAACAGUGGCAUCCCUGCCAAUGUAAGACUGGCUCGAAAAGUUAGCUACGUCGAGUCACCGAGAUUAUCAGAGGCAAUGCUGAACAAUAAUUGGCGAAAGCACCGGCAUCCUUUAGAGGUGAGUUCUCCGGAACAGCUCUGGUCAGCACCUCCGGAGCAGUCAAAAUUUAUUGGUGCAGUAAAAGCAAAACCUUGCCGCGAUGAUGAACAUCAAGCCAUCGACUAUGCUCACAGUCUUGAGCGGACAGCAUAUCGAUCUAGAAGGCCUGAAGAAGUCAAGCCCCACCUCAUCCCAUUCACGAAGCCUGAGAGUGUCAGCGCCGAUCUCUGUCUCUCGGCGCCCGCUACCAAGACGGAGUUUUCCACCGCUGAGACAGGAACCGACAAGUGCUCUGCAAAGUUCGAUCCCGGAAUUGUUCAGCCUUCUAUCAAGACUCUUGUCCGACUCAAUGAGAUGGCACCUACUAAGCGUGCAGGUUACGAGAAUAUUCUCAGCUGGGAUGAACAAAAUGCCUGCAACACUCGCAGACGUCUCAAUGACUCCAGCUCUAUCACAAUAGUCUCCCUAGCGGAUUCGCCCGAAAGCUGGGAAACUAUCGACUUCCCUUACGCCGAGAUUCGGGCUGUCAAAGGUGACAUGAGAUUCGAACGGGAAUUGAGUAACGUUGAAGAGACGAUUCGCAACCAGCUGUCGGCGCUCGUGGAACCCCACUCGGCGGGCUUGCCUCCGGAGUACCUCAGGAAAGAGUAUGAUGAAAUACGGGAAGAAAGACGCAAGGCAAUUUCUUUCGCUCAAUCGACGCUAGAAGCACGUAGUCGUCGAGGUCGUGUAGUUAGUGACAGCAUAGCACCAAGCGCCGAGACCCCCAGCGACACUCACUUCAAUAAUCUUCUUGGGAAACUCAAUAAGCUGUGUGCCCCACGCCUCCGCGCAUUUACUGUCAACGACAAAGACAAUUCGAAUGGUCGUGACCGCUCUAAAUCACCUGAGAAGGGCAUGAAAGUUGACCCUCAGAGUCCCUCGGGAGACUCGGGUAUAGGUGGUCUAUUUCCCAAAGGCCGACAGAGGUCUUCAACGCUGAACCCCAAAGCCAUCGAGUUUCAUUGUACCGGCCAAGAGCAGCAGUGUACCGUCAGCAUUGAGCCCAAGCAGGCCGUUUCAAGCCCUGCAGUAACCAUGAAUCUUGUUCAGGCUUCCGACCAGCCGUCAGAAUCUAUGGACCCUCUUCGUGUGCUGGAAACGCGUGUAGCAGAAUUAGAGGCACAAAUAGCACGUCAGGGAUCUAGUCAGGAUCAGUUUGCACGGCAGAGAUGGGGCAAAGGAUACAGGACAAACCAAGCGUCUUAUAAAGUUACUGGCCCUGCGGCACAUGGCGGAGGUAUUCUCCAUCCUGGGGUGAAUAGAAAUCUCCCAGGCCCGGCAGAUUACCAAACCGCCUUUCUCACUCCACCUGGUCCCUCGAUACCGAACUUUGCAAUUGGGGCAGGAGGAGUUGGUGCAAACCCUAUACCAGCUACUGGGUAUUGCACAUUGCCUCAUAAUGCCCAGGGUUUCAUCCCUAACGGAAUGCCAAAUGGCUUCCUCAAUCAGAUCAAUCCUCCACGACCAUCAAUUCCAUUUGGCGGCAACGGAGUCAUGAUGCCGAACCCACCAGCGACCGGCACACCUCUUUGGGUCAAGAAUAUGUUUGGGCCCAAACCAGUGUCAAAGCCGGACCGUCCAUUCCGCCCUGGGGAUGGAGUACAGGCGGUACGACAGCAAGAAUACGAGGAGUACCUCGAGCAUCUUCGAGCGACAGAUCCAACCUAUGCAUUGAGUUGCAAACAGCGACAGGCUCGCCGCGCCGAUCGUCAGCGCUCAGGAGCGCAAAAGGUCCUUUGUUAAAUUGGCGCCCAGAUGACAGGCGAUAAAGGAAAAGAGCGAAGAAGCCAGAAGCUCGAGGCUUGGCUGAAAUGUAAGGGGAAACGAUAUGAGAACGGGGCCAUAUC